CGCAAACGCGACGGCUCGCUCCAGCUGCCCGUCGUUCCCCCUGAAGCGGACGUCUCGCCGAUCCUCUGCCCGCAAUCCAUGGCCGUCUGCCCGAUCACGGAGACCAUCCCGGACACCCUGGAGAAGUGGGUCUCGGAAGGCUUCGAGUGCGUAGACUUGCGCGAGGACCUCACCUCGUGCGGUGGCUGCGGGAUAGUCGACGCUCAAUACGACUGUACCGCUAUUUCGAACGCCCUCGGCGUCUCGUGUGAGGUGGGCACCUGCCGCGUGCACUCGUGCAAGCCGGGCUUCACGCUCGCGCUCGACGGCAAGAGCUGUAUC